AUGCAGCGAGGGAUGGGAGGGGAGUGCGGCAGUAGGGAGGUUUCGGCGUCAGGGGCGCGACGGUUUCGUGGCCGGGCAUCAGGGUGCCAGGGUGCCAGGGUGCCGCCGUCGAGAACGGCAACGCGCGGUACGGGCGGCGGGCUGUGGACGCCAGGGGGCCGGAUGGCGAGUCACGGCAUGGUGUUCCUGUGCGACCAGCCUCAGGCCCAAGUCAGGCGGCCCACGCUGUCCAUCACCACCCUCUUCGGCGCAUGCUUCUGCUUCUUCUUUCUUCUCUUCUUCUUGCUCCUCUCCUGUCGCUGUCCCUCGCGCUCCACCGAUCGUCGCCUGUCCCUCCGCCUUUGCCGCCGUACCAACGCACCCAUCAUGCGGCCGGGUGGAGGCGACGAGUCAGGCCUCGGGCCCAUUUCCACGAGCCCUCACGGGCCGAUCGUGUUCGUUCGCCAUGCUGGGGCAGGGGCCGCGCUUUUGACGUUUGACUUCGGUCCCUCUGCUGCGAGCCACUCAGCGCCGGCCGCCAGCAUCGACGAAAUGCGCCGUUGCGCCUGCACGUGGCGGCCAUGCGACGACUCGCGCCCUCGGACGAUGCUCUCGUCGAUCCAAUGGGGCAGCCCACGAUGCCCGACUCCUCCAACCAGCGGCACCCCCUUCGCCCCAACCACACGUCAGCGUGCAGCCUCUUUGCAGCCUCUUCGAUGGCGGCCUGUUGCAAUCACGCGCGUUUUUCCCGCCGUCCAUGCCGGCAGCUGCCCCGGAUUGGCUCGCCUUGCAGUUUCCACGCCUUCCGUCGUCCUUCGAGAAGCCCGCACACGACACCACCCGCCAUGCAAACACCAUCAUAGCGCCGAGAUUGGAGCCCUCCUUUUCUGCGAGUCAACCUUCUGCCCGUCUGCCGCGAGAGUCCGGCUGAACGCACUUCGGCCUGUGGCCACACCGUGGUUGGGACUUCCCGCCACUAACCACCAAACGCAGCUUUCCCCUAGAUUUGACUCUGGCCACGAGUCAUCUGGCGCCCACAGCGUGAGAACUCUUCCCGCGCCUGUUCUGCGCACCUUCCCUCAAGGCGCAGGUUGCAGCACUUCAGCGAGCAUCGUGAGAAGGGCCGUCCGAGGCGAUCUGCGCAGCCGCAGAGAUUGUCGUGGCCUGGUGAACCACGAGGCGGGCGUGCCUGACUGUCAGUCCGGCAAAGGGAUAGUCCCAUCUGAUAGCCAGCCCUAG